AUGGCUCCGCCGCUCCUGCUCUUCCUCCUCCUCCUCCUCCCGGCCCUCGCCGCCGGACACCAGCACCCGUCCUCCUACGGCUCCUCCGCGCUCUCCGAGUGGCGCCCCGCCAAGGCAUCCUACUACGCCGCCGACCCCGAAGACGCCAUCGGUGGGGCGUGCGGGUUCGGGGAUCUGGGGAAGCACGGGUACGGGAUGGCGACGGUGGGGCUGAGCACGGCGCUGUUCGAGCGCGGCGCGGCGUGCGGCGGCUGCUACGAGGUCAAGUGCGUCGAGGAUCUCAAGUACUGCCUCCCCGGUACCUCCAUCGUCGUCACGGCCACCAACUUCUGCGCCCCAAACUACGGCCUCCCCGCCGACGCCGGCGGCCACUGCAACCCGCCCAACCACCAUUUCCUCCUCCCCAUCCAGUCGUUUGAGAAGAUUGCGCUCUGGAAGGCCGGCAUCAUGCCCAUCCAGUACCGCCGUGUUAAGUGCCUCCGUGAAGGUGGUGUCAGAUUCUCUGUCAACGGUCGGCACUUCUUCUUUACAGUCCUAAUCAGCAAUGUUGGUGGCGCGGGUGAUGUUAGAUCUGUGAAGAUCAAAGGAACAGAGUUAGGAUGGCUCUCGAUGGGCCGCAAUUGGGGCCAGGUGUGGCACAUCAACUGUGACAUGAGGGGACAACCCCUGUCAUUUGAGCUCAGCUCAAGCGAUGGCAAGACACUGACCAGUUUCAACGUGGUGCCCAAGGAUUGGGAGUAUGGCAAGACAUACACGGGGAAGCAGUUUCUUCUGUAG